UGCAGCCUCCUUCCUGCACGGCCAGUUGGGGCUCCAACUCCACCAUGGCUGGGCCGCUGCUCUGGGUCAGGCGGUUCUGGGCCUUGCUGCAGGUGGCCUUCCAUGUUGUAGUGGGAAAGCUGCUGAAGACCCUUUUCCCAAACAUGAUGAAGAAGCAUAUCCUCAGCCUGGGCCAGAGAAGUAGCAUCAGUCAGAACACUCAGUUUGCGUAUGAGAACUGGGGCCCAACAUUCUUCAGCAUCCAGUAUUUUUUCUUUGUCCUGAAGGUUCGGUGGCAGCGGCUGGAGGACCAGGCACUACAGGGGGGCCUGGCCCCCAACCCUCCUGUGGUCACCCUCAAGGGGGAGAGUCGCCACAUCUGGGACUUCAUGCAUGGCAACAGGCCUUUGGUGUUGAAUUUUGGAAGCUGCACCUGACCCUCGUUUAUCCUCAAGUUUGACCAGUUCCAGAAGCUCAUUGAAGACUUCAGCUCCAUAGCAGAUUUUCUCAUCAUCUACAUCGAGGAAGCUCACGCCGCAGAUGGCUGGGCUUUUGAAAACAAUAUAGACAUCAAACAGCAUCGCACCCUCCAGGAUCGAAGGGAGGCUGCCCAGCUAUUGAUGGACAGGAAACCACUCUGCCCCAUUGUUUUAGACACCAUGGACAACCUGACCAGCAAGAAAUAUGCUGCACUCCCAGAACGCUUCUAUGUUCUCCUGGAAGGCAGGAUCCUCUUCAAGGGUGACCCAGGCCCUUGGAAUUACCACCCAGAAGAAGUCCAGGCUGUCCUGCAAAAGCUAAGCAGAUAAACCACAUGGAAGUUUGGCUUUUCUGGUGGCAGAGGAUUAAGACUUCUUGCUUCCCAGGCACCAGAUCCCACCCACUGGGCUGGAAGUGCUUGGAUCAUUGGCUCCAGAUGUUCUCGUCUCUGCCCCUGGGUCAGUUCAGCUUGCCCAGUUACUCCCAAGUUCAUUUAAGAAAGUCUGCUUUUCUGUCUUUGCAAGCCUUCUAAUCCUCACGUGGGGUGGAUUCCAUCCAGCUGUGGAAGGAUUCACUAGGCACGUUCCUGUGUGUUUCAAACCUGCUUCUGUGAAUAUUUAUUUAUGAUAGUCAUAGCCUAAAGCUCCGGCCAGCUGGGACUUGAUGUGAGAAAAUGUUUAUAAGAGGCAGUGAGUACACGGGGAAGUGAUUAAAAAGGAUCUAAGGAUA